AUCAGCGGUUAUCAUCCCAUAGAUAUGGGCCAGGAGGGGCCUACUGCGCCUUCUAGUAGGCUCAGAAGGCCGUGAUCAUCCAUCCACAUGGUUGAUCACCCACAAAUAUACAAGAGAAGACUCCAGAUCCAAUCCCAGAAUUCCUGCUCACCGGUAAUUGGAAGUCUACUGGACCAACGCUGCAACGUUGCGAUAUUUCCUGCUUAAUAUUUUCAGAUAUGGGAAAAGCUCUUAAGAUGACCACACGUUUCAGGAACGUUAAAAUUAAGUUGGUGAGGAGGUCUGUCGCUGGCCCUGCAAAGUUGUCUUACCUCAGUCAAGGUCUUCCCCAGCCCAGCUUCAAACAGACCCACCCUUCCGACCCUUCUAUUACAUCUCAACUGGCUGAUCCUGAUGAUGCGACACCAAGCUGUUCUGAGAGUGCAUACAGUAAGGCAAAGAAGAGAGAGCUUCAUGCCUGGGAUGCAGUCAAGGAUGAGAUGCUUAAGAAUGUUUACUAUGAGCCUUCCUCCCUGGGGUUAUUCUUAUAUUUACCUGAAGGCCAUGGCACCCAUGCUGUGUACACAAAGGACAUGAAGGUCAUUGUCAGCACAGGACGGCUCUGCACCGUUACAGUCAACAUGUGUGCGUGUGAACCAGAAACCUGCUCUCUGCUAAGGUAUGGGCUCUGGCCAGCAACAGCCGACAAGCCCCAGACAGAUAGCCUUCUUCAUCCCAAGCUUUUUGCGGAUGGAGAUAUAAUUGUCACACUGGAUGCCAACUUUGGCCUUGUGAGGAAGCAAAGCUCCAGUACAAGUGCGGUUGAGCCAUUAAAUGGAACCCGCAUGAUUCUUGAUGAAAAGGAUGUCGAGGAAUACCUGCUAUCACAUCUUGACAGCUCAAAGCCUCAAGAGCUGGAAAGAAAACGACAUCAAGCCACUGUGAUGUUUAACCCACAUGUACCAGACAUUGUUCCUGCAGACAACCCCUACUUGUGUCAAGCCCUCCCCAUGACAAGCAUACAGACACUGGUAUACAAUGAUGAUGGUGAUAAUGAUGAGGAUGCCCCUGAUGAUGACAAUGAUAACUAG